UAGAUAGAUAGAUAGAUAGAUAGAUAGAUAAAUAGAAAGAAAUGCAAAAUGCUCCAGGCUGUCUGGUGUUUUCAGCACCAUGGACAGCUCUGUACAGCACGUACAGAGCUGCCGGUGUGGCUCUUUUCCAUUUACAAUAAACGUGAUUAUUGUAAACUGUUGCCUGUUUACAAUCCAUACGAUUAUUGUUACUGCGUGUAGAAGUUUGUUAUUAUUAUUAUUAUCAUGAUAAUCAUGAUGAUAUCAUGAUUUUUUUUUUACAAAUAACAUAUAAUGAUAAGCUUUAAAUCAUUCCUGCACAAAAGCAGACAUUUUCGCUUCCAGGAGUGUGGUGUUGUGUGAUGUCAAACAUGGAUAAUGCGCACCACGGGAUGGAUAAUCCACAAUCAUAAAAUAGCUCCAGAACUCGAGUUUUGAAUAACACAAUUACUCAAUUUUCCUCCAACAGAAACCCCCCUCAGAGGAACAGUGCACUGCUGUGCGCAAUAACACGCACAGAGGAGGUGUGAUGCGUAUGCACCCAGCCCUGGUCAGGUUAGUGUGUGUCGGGCUCCAAGGACUCCCUCCUCGUCCUCAUAGCACUCAGGAUAUCUUUGAGAGAGAGAUGCGCUGAGGCAGCAGGGACGGACACCCGGACGGGCCAGGCUGCAACAUGCGCUCGCCACUGCCUGCUGCGUUCCAGCCCCUUGGAGCACCUGGCACGUCGCUCGGCUCGGUUUUGGCGCUCUCACUUCUCUCUUCCCGUUUGCUCUCCACUUCACACCAGGCUGGCAGUCGAGCGGGUCAACGGGGACUAUGCGGUGAGUGGCUGAUGACUGUGCCUGUACGCGCGCACGGCGCAAUGGACUGCAGUUUUACUUGAAAGGGGCACAUGGAGAGCCCAGCGAAGUACCUCUCAUCGGUGCAGGGGAUUGACUCUGCGCCGGCACCCCUAGGAGAGAUUAUGUUGAACAGCACCGAAACGGAGGCAACAAGCGACGGAGGGAAGGAUAUGGUGGUGCGCACACUGACGGGCUGCCUGCUGUCCCUGCUCAUCCUGUGGACCCUGCUGGGGAACAUCCUGGUUUGCGCCGCCGUGUUGCGCUUUCGGCACCUGCGGACCAAAGUCACCAACAUUUUCAUCGUCUCCCUGGCUCUAUCGGAUUUAUUCGUGGCCGUCCUGGUGAUGCCAUGGAAAGCUGUGGCGGAGGUGGCGGGGUACUGGCCGUUCGGUACUUUCUGUAACGUCUGGGUCGCGUUUGACAUUAUGUGCUCCACUGCCUCCAUCCUCAACCUCUGCAUUAUCAGUGUGGACAGAUACUGGGCAAUCUCGAGCCCCUUCCGCUACGAGAGGAAAAUGACCCAGCGAGUUGCCUUCGUCAUGAUAAGCAUCACUUGGACGUUGUCUGUGCUCAUCUCAUUCAUCCCGGUCCAGUUAAACUGGCACAAAGCCAGCGCCGACGAAAUGGCUGGGGCGCACAACUCCUCCACGAGUUGGCAGGUGGAGGAAAACUGCGACUCCAGCCUGAGCAGGGAGUACGCUAUAUCCUCCUCUUUGAUAAGUUUCUAUAUCCCCGUGGCAAUUAUGAUUGUGACGUACACCCGAAUAUACCGGAUUGCACAGAUACAAAUUAGGAGAAUCGCCUCCCUCGAGCGGGCGGCGGAACACGCGCAAAGUUGCAGGACUAACAGAAUCGAGUGCCAACACCACAACACCUUGAAGACGUCGAUCAAACGGGAAACCAAAGUGUUCAAAACUCUGUCGGUGAUCAUGGGUGUCUUUGUGUGCUGCUGGUUACCUUUCUUCGUGCUGAACUGCAUGGUGCCGUUCUGCGACAGGCCGGCCACGGACCGGGACGCGGGGCUGCCGUGCGUCAGCGAGACGACGUUCGACGUCUUCGUGUGGUUCGGCUGGACCAACUCCUCCCUGAACCCCAUCAUCUACGCCUUCAACGCCGAGUUCAGGAAGGCCUUCGCCGGCCUCCUGGGCUGUCGCUACUUCUGCUCCAACACACCGGUCGAGACAGUGAACAUCAGCAACGAGCUGGUCUCAUACAACCAAGACACCCUCAUCCACAAGGAAAUCGCGAACGCCUACGUCAACAUGAUCCCCAACGUGGUGGAAUGUAUGGAGCACGAGGAGAACUUCGACAGGAUCUCGCAGUUCUCCCACAACGAGAACGCCACCGACUCGGUUUGUGACCCGGAGGACUGCGAGGCAGAUAUCAGCCUGGACACGAUGUCACCGUUCACACCCAAUGGAUUACACUGACUCCAACUCUUUGUCUCCCCGUGUGUAAUUGGAUGUGUUGAUGAUAAUGCCACCCUUCAUUCAGCUUCUGUGCCCCAGAGGCUCCUCUCCACGGGGGAGCCCACAGGGUCAGGGUCAGGGUCCUCUGAGCUUCUGGGCAGCCCCUUGCCAGUGGUGGGAGGGAUCCAGUGACUCGGUCGUGCACACUUGGGCGGAGGGCAUGUCUCUGAUGGCACCAGUCCACCCUGCCUCGGUGUUUUGUCAUAUAUGAGAUGUGAUAUGUUCCUGUCCUGUUCUGCAAAAAAAAAGAAAAAAAAGAGAAAAACAGUGAUGUGUAGGUGUUUAUUUACAUGACAAGUGAAGUCUGUGUCCAUAAGUUCAAAAGGUUCAGUGUCGUCGAAGCUGUUGUUUACUGGAAGGCUUUACUCAGAGCGUCCACGUGUCCUGUCCAUCCACUUAGAAGGGUAGAUGUUUGUAAAGACUCACUGGGGGAUUCAGAAAGGAAACCUUUUUGCUGCUCGAUAACCUCACGUGUAUCCAGUGCCGCCUUUCCACUUGGUGUGAGACAUGAGGGCAGCCUUACAGACAGUGCAAUCAAGACAGCUCUCCUUCAAAUGCAGUCAUUUCAGCGCCUUAUAGCUUAUUCAAAGACGAGUUUGGAGACGUGAAUGGAAUGUGUCGCAUGGAGCUUAAGUUACAUGAUGCCAAAUGCAGUAUUAAAAGUGUUUACGCACUGCGCCCCACCCCGGUGACUCCUCUAGCUCACCUGCUCUGCACCACAUGGACUAUUAUGCAGUUUGAUCCAGGGCUCAGACGGCAGGAGGCUUUGGACGGAGCACAAAACUUGAUGAAAAGGCACAAAAUCCAAUGCCAUAAAGAAUGAUGAAAAAAGUUGAGCUUGUUUAUACCGGCGUCUCUGUCCUUUUUAACUGUCAAAGCUGUUACUCUUUUCUGUGAUUUUUCCAUUUGUUAUCGAGGCCAAAUUUUCAAAGGGGAUUUCUGCUUUGGCAGCCACAGUCGAGCGAAAGAAAAGAGGGAAUGUAAACCGUCCUAGACGACCAAAGAUGUCGAGGAGCAAAUCAAUAACUCAGACACAAUGAGGCUACAGAGUGUUUUUCCGCUAGGGGAAUUGUUGCUAUAGAAAGCCUACACACACACACACACACACACACACACGUGAGGCCACACGACUGGGUGUCAUACAUCACCUCUCCCACAUCUCUCUUUACUUUGUACUGUACAGAUGACCUGAUCUGAAUGUAUACUGUCCUUUAAACAGUGAAGUGUGUCAUCAUUUGUCUAAUAAAAUGCUGUCAUACUGAGAGGAACAGA